GUGAGAUGCAGGUGCGGUGGGUGGGUGGGACACAUCAAUGCGCGACCAGUCCAUACGGAUGUGUAUAGUUCGUCUUUCCUUCUGUCUGCAUGUUUGCCUCUCUCUCUCCCUCCGUGUCUGUGUCGACAGGCUUAUCCAUUGUUCGCUGGUGUUGCCCCCCGCCCACUCGGGCGCUGAAGCUGUCUGUGUGAUUGUAUUGUGUGCUCGCGUCUCGUAUUUGUGCUCAGGCGUCGUCCCAUGGUGACGUGGAGGAGCUGCAGGGUGCGCACGAGCGGGAGCUGCAGGCGGUGCGUGGUGCCCUGCAGGAGACACGAAGCCAGCUCAGGAACGCACGCAGUUCGCUGGAGGUCGAAAGGUCAGUCGGGCGGUGAGCCAAUGAGGGCAACACCACACGGACAUGUACACCCACACCGAUUUAUCAUGCCGCCCUUGUUUUGGUCGCCAGAAUUGAAUCCGAAGAGACCAUCAGCAGGCUCCGCCAGACCGUUUCAGAGCAUCGACAGCUGCAGGUGCGUCCGUCCGUUUGGGUGCACCAAAGGGCGGGGGCAUGUCUGGAUGGGUGUGGGUGUUGGUGUGUCAUGUGGCUGGGUGUAGGAGUCCAACGACGAGGUGCAGGCGCGGCUACAGGAGCAGAUCUCCCGCAAUCUCGAACUGCAGAACGCCCUUGACACGGCCCAGCACACGAGAAGGCGCCGCUUCUUAUCUCUGCCUACAUUUUAUAUUCCGUGUACGUGAAACUCCCGCAACUGCGCCCUGUCUAUCGUUGGACGCAUGUGCGCCUUCCUGUGCGUAUGAUGGUGUGUGCGCGUGAGACAUACCACGGAUGACAUUUCCAUCGAUGCUAAGUUAUUUCCAU